AUGACUUAUAUCAAGUUCACGAGACAAAAAGCACCCCGUCGAAAACGGUGAUGGAUCAGUGUAUUGAACAAUGCCAUGCAGGAAGAAUUUCAAAGGGCAAUGAACGGAGAUGUGUCCACCGUGACACCAGACUUUCAGCAAGUUUCCGGGGGAGAUACGAACUGUCGAACCAAUCACGUUUCCGGUAGCAAUAAUAACAAUGCCGCUACAGUCGCUGUCCCCGACUUUGAUACUGGUCAGACACGCUUUACGUUCCACUCAAUGGCUCCUCGAGCAGAAAGCGCCGGUGGUGAAAGUCUCGGUGAUAGUCUGCCCGGCAGCGAACAUGAUUUACUCGAUUCCAGCUCACCCACUUCUCGAUCCCGUGGAAGCCGUUCGAGUCGACUUGGAAGUGCCGAUGCCCUGUCUACAGAUAUUGCACAACCUUCAGCAUUUCCCACAGAACUAAAGGGUCGCGCAUUGCGAGCUAGUAUCCAAUCCGGUUUGCGUUGGCGUUGCCCUGGAAAUGCGGUGUGCGCAGAUUGUGAUAGACCAGAUCCGGAAUGGGUCAGUGUCAAUUUGGGUGUGUUAAUUUGUCUCGAAUGCUGUGGCGCGCAUCGCGAAUUAGGUGUCCAUUGCUCCCGAACACAGUCUCUCCUAAUGGAUGAUUUGUCUACCAAUCAGCUACUUGUCAAUACCGCAAUGGUAGAGUGCGGUUCACUAUGGGGACUGGGUAUCGGUCGUUGA